CCCGCGGACACUAGGCAACCAGCAAAAUGGAAAUAAACGAGCUACAAAUGAUGCAAUUCGCGGAGGAGAUCAUACAACCCUUCGCGAUCAGCACUGUCGACGAUAUGAUGACCAUAAGCACGAAAGAGCAUACCUGCGUGUUGCAGCUCAAGUACCGACACCUUGCCGAGGACAACGUCAUGAAUUACGAUUUUUCUCGUAUCAAAUGCUCCACUGAAAGGCCCACGGGACGGUUAAGCGCGGACGAGAACGCAAUUUACCGAGCGAGCAAUCGUGAAGAAAGAAGAAGGAUCAUGCUCGAUCAAACAUUGUUUCCCAACGUGGCAAAGAUUUACAUUAACAGCCUCCAAUCGUGGCCAUCGCCGCAGGGCAUAUUUAUCGACACACCGCGCGAGCAGCUUGUGGCCAGUUUGACGAACCUGGGACAGCUAACCAUCUACCGGCAGGAUGCCAAUUGGCUCUCGAACUGGCACCAGUACGUGAACUUAUCCGAAUGUUGGCUGCAACAUGUAUACGACAAUCGCUUCAUUGAAACAUUCGAGGAGCUCCGCGCAACGGCCGAUGAUGUGUUGAUAACGAGUUUUUGCUGGCCACAGCAAGUUCGGCGGCAUCCGCUGCUCAUCAGUUUCGGUACAAAGAGUGGAAAGCUCGUUAUUUGCCAUCUACUCCCGACGGCCUGCGUGGAGAUCGUGCAUAUUCACCAGGAAACGGAAACACCUGUCGUGCUGAAACACUUUACGAUGGAAGCGGAGGAAGAACAUCUAUUGGUGGCCGGUUUACAGAGUGGUAACGUUGCAUUGUAUAGCUAUCGUAGCACUUCACAAAUAACCGGGUUCAAACGUAUCGCUACCCUGUUCGAACAGGACAUUCCGGUAACUGCAAUCGAAUGCGAAAUCGACCACAAGUAUCGUCAACUACUGCUGGUCGUUGCCAAGGGAACCUACAUACUAGCACUGCAGGCUAACUUUGACGGCAAAAUCUUGGCCAGUACCACACUGGACUUGGAAAACUUUAUGAUAACCGGAUUGCAACAUCUCAAGAAGGGACAGUACGUUGCCUCCACCAUGCCGGGUGCCCUGUUUCUCGUUAGCAUCGUCGACGGAGCCAGACUUACCAUGGAGAAGUGUGUGAUCAAAAACCGGCUCAAUGUAGACUCGUACGCACUGUACGGUUUGGCGGCAUCUCGGAACCGGACAUGUUGGGCUUUUGUUGCGUAUCCUUCGCGACGCUUCGAUCAUCUUGGGAUCCGCUACCCAACAGUCAUCUUUUUAGCUAAAUUCUCCAAUCGGAAUGCAAUGGAGAUUCUACUGGCAAACGAGACUCGGGUGCUGACGGACUUUUACGAUGCAGCAGAAGUGAUGCGAUUCGAUUGCAUUCGGGACGCGGAUGUGCUGUCGUUGGUUGAACAAAGCCUAGCUAACGCUGGCAUGGUCGUAUCGGAUCUCUACUAUUUGAAGCUUCGGAUGACGAUACUCGACGCAAAGAUCGCUCGCAACAAGAAGCGCAGUAUGGCAAUCACGGAUGGUUUCAUCACUCAGUAUAAAUUCAUCUUCUCAUUGCUCCAAGCGGUCAGUGCCUGUACUGUACUCCACCAUCUGAUCGAAUUGGCUAUCGAUCAUCCCCUAAAUAAGCUGCAACAACUCACGGUUCGAUGUUUACGCCGAUUCAUCAGCAGCAUAGCGGAGGAACCAUUUCCCGAAGGCAUCGACGAUUUAGCAGCAGAUGUUAAGGAAAAGCUUAGAAACGAUCUUUCACGAUCGGACCGGCUAUGUGGCAUCGAAAGUCCGCCUACUGAAGUAUGCACGUUCUGUGAUGCGCCAAUCGAUGAAAGCAAAGGUACCUGUGCGGAUGGCCAUACCGUGCUCCGGUGUCUGUUGACGAAGGUGCAAAUACCUAUCGAGGAGCUGCAGAGCAUUUGCCCCAUGUGCCAACAGUAUUGCAUACCGGCAGACCGGCUGAUGGAGCUACUGGAAACUGCCUGCAAAUCACCAUCCUUCGAUUAUCGAACGUGUCAAAUUUGUGAUGUUUCGUUUGUAUCAAUAAAGUAGAAACUGGA